CGUUAAACCCACGGCUCACGUUAGCGCUAAACCCCUCGAAUUUCAAACCUAACCAUCAUCUCCUUCUUUCUCCCAUUUCUCUUCGUACUUCCAUUUCUUCUUCUUCUUCUUUUCCUUCCAAACGAAGAAAGCGAAACAUCUCCGUUUCCAGGUAAAGAGGAGAAAGUACCAAGAGAAUAGCUUGAUCACUGCCAGAAGAAUGGUUGAUAUAUGGUGGUCCCUACUUGGGGCUGCCAUCCCAGCUGCCCUUGCCGGGCAAGCCUUUCGAGUGAAGAGAAGGCGUGCCGAAGAGCAGAGGCUUAAAAGUGCCCGUGGGCGGGAAAAGAACACAGAUGAUAUAUUUGUCUGUGAGAGGGUCUGUACGUCAAAGAGAAUGCUGAAGAAGGUCGGUGCAUUCUCGAAAGACCCAACUCCCGAUACUUGCAUCACUGUAUGUGGCGUUUCCGAGCUCGAUGCCUGUGCUGACGCAUGUGCACGAACUGUUUGUGUCAACCAACAUCAAGUACCCAAUUGGAAUGAUAUUUGCCUUCGAAGGUGCCAGAGUGAAUGCCUUAAACUCUCUUCUUCUUAUUCAUCAUCUUAGUGUAGUAUUCUUCUUUUAUCUUCCUUUUUUGGGAAUUCGGAUUGGCCAUGUUUGGAAUUUCUCCUUUUCUAUGUUCUCAUAUCGGUUAAAUAAUUGAUUGUAUACAUGGCUUUUGUCCUUGGCAUGUGUCGCACUGCUGAGGGCCUUUUUUUGAGAUGCUGAUCUGCUUAGUGUGUUAGCAUUGUAAUGGCUAGUUUUGAAUUUUCCUUUCACUUAGUUGACAUGGUAACUGAUGGUGAGCUGUAUUCUA